AUGGCACAGAAGCGUGCAAAGCGGCAGCCUGCGGACCUGCACGACCUGCAGCUGUUCGACGUCCUGGUGAAGCAUGGCAGCUCCGUUCCCCGCGCAGCAAAGGAGUGGGUGGAGCGGUACCGCAGCAACAGGGACGAGGCCACGGCGGAGCUGCUCACGCUUCUGGUCAAGUCCACGGGCAGCCUGGACGAGGUCACUGCUGAGGACGUUGAGGGUGGCGAGGUGGACGAGGUCGUGCAGAACCUGGCGCUGCGCAUCACAGAGGAGUCCGGGAUUGAUCCCUUCACGCACCGCGGCGUCGCGCGGACGUACCUGGAGCACUACCGCGCCUUUUGGGACGCCGCCAUACGCGAAGCAGCGGCGCAGGAGGUGCUGUUUGACGCGCGCCUGCCCGACCGCAUCACCAACACAGUCACAGCCCUCAGCUGCUCUCCCGUGCGCCCCUUCCGCUACGCGGGCACCGUGACGGCGGCCCAGGUGGUCAGCAGCUUUGUGACGGUGGGCGUUGGCUUGGCAGAGGCGCGCGACACGGCGCAGUACCAGCAGGAGCAGGAGGGCAAGAAGAAGGGCAAGGCUGCGACCGACCGCGCGGCCGCGCUGCGCCGCCAGGUGGCCACACUGCACCACCGCGCCAAGGAGCUGGAGCAGGUCAUCGGGGUGCUGUUUCAGGGCGUGUUUGCACACAGGUUCAGGGAUGUGGACCCCCGCGUGCGGCGUGAGGUGGUCUCCGCCAUUGGGUCCUGGGCGUCAUCCUGCCCCUCCACCUUCCUGUCGGAUUCGUACCUGAAGUACCUCGCGUGGGCACAGAGUGACGCGCACCCCGAGGUGCGCUCUGCCGCGGUGGCCGCCAUAGAGCGACUCUACCAGGACAGCGACAACCUGCCGCGGCUGGCGGAGUUCACGGGGCGCUUCAAGGGGCGCUUCGUGGAGCUGAUGAGCGACACGGAUGGGGGCGUGGCGGCCGCGGGGCUCAAGCUGCUGGGGGUACUAGUCAAGACCAAGCAGCUUCCUCUGUCAGACGUGCGCGCGGCGUACCAGCUGCUGGCUGACGAGGACGAGGCUGUGCGCAAGGGGGCGGCCGGGCUGGUGGUGCAAAUGCUGGAGGAGGCGGGCGCGGAGGCGCAGGCACUAGCGGAGAGAGAGGCGGCGAAGGCAGCGGCGGCGGCCGCUAAGCGCGGCCGCGGCGCUGCGGGCAAGAAGGGGCCAAAGUCGCCUGCGCCCGCAAAUGGCGGCCCCGGCGAGGGCGCCAGCGGCAGCGGCAUUGGCGGUGACAGCAAGGAGUCCGCCCAGCUGGAGGGUCUACUGCUCAUGAUGGGGCGGCUGGCAGUUGGGGAGGAUGUGGACCCCUCUGCUGCCGAGCGUCGCGCGAGCCUGUCGGGUGCGGCGCCGGUCCAGCCCCUGAGCGCGGGCGGCGUGGCGGACCUGGUGGGGGCACUGGCUGAGGAGCUGCCGCUGCUGAAUGAUGCGCAGCUGCUGGUGUCCGCGCUGACCGACGAGGCGGCCGCGGGGCGGCGCGGGCGGCUGGGUAACGCGCACCUGGCAGCGCUGGUCGCGGCGCAGAUCGACAGGGCCGCUCACCAACAGUUGGCCGGCGCCCGCCGCGGGCGUGCGGCCACGGCCGCGUCCGAGCGCGCGGCGCAGCACCAGGCCGGCAGCGUGGCGCUGAUGGCGGCACUGCCCAAGCUGCUGGGCAGCUUCCAGGCUGAGCCGGAGGUGGCGGCCCCUCUGGUGCGCAGCGUGCGGUCCCUCAAGCUGGAGCUGUUUGCGCUGCGGCAGCAGGAGGCCGCCUACAAGGCCCUGCUGGACCAGGUCGCGGGCCUGUUCUCGCGCCACACCCACGACCAGCUGCUGUCGGAGGCGGCAGCCACCCUGGUGCACUGCACCAAGGCUGGCCCCGCGGCGCUGCAGGACCCUGCGUCGCGCGUGCUGCGCGCCACGUGUGCCUCCACAGCCGCCAAGGUCAGCGCGGCCGCGGCCGCAGUAGGGCGGCUCAGCCUGUCAGACCUGGUGGAAGGCGUUAUAGCCCUGGAGGAGGACCUGCGCACCCGCGGCCCCAGCCCGCCCACCCGUGACGCCGGCGGCGCAGGCGCCCCCGCUGUGCUGCACAGCCUGCUGGCGGCGCUGCAGCGGGCGCGCCACCUGUUGAGCCUGGAGGCGCGGGAGCUGGCGGCUGAGCAGCAGAUGGGCAAGGCGAUACAGCGUACCCUUUGA